GCACCCUGAUAACUUGCAAAAGAAGAAGCGCCUGUCAUAUUAAACAAAUAAAUAAAACAUAUGCAUUAUUUGUUGCCUCAAAUACAUUAAGGUCGCGCAGACCGAUAUUCCGUUUUUGUCCUUAACAACACAUGGUGGUAAAAUUACCUGCACGCUGUUUCUUUACGCAGAUGUCGCGGGAGCAGCGUCGGGAGGGAAGAGCUAGCUGCAGUUAGCCGUGUUCGCUAACUUCGUUUUUCUAGAGGCUACAAAAAAGGGCUGUUUAAGGACUUAGGUCGGUAACAUGUGUCCGCGAGCACAAGUGGCUACACACGACUGAAGAGCAACAGAACGUCAUCAAGGUGUAUAGGUGUGCAUGAGUCAUGGAGUCAAGCUGCAGUGUUCCUGUGACCCCUGCUGGGUUGACCGUCCAAGUGUGUUUCCCAGCUGCUCGUGCCUCCGUCUUGGACAACCUGAACCGACAGCGUGAAGAAGGAAAGCUCUGUGACCUGUCUAUUCAGGUGCAAGGUCAAGUGUUCCGGGCUCACCGCUGUGUGCUCGCUGCCUCCUCUCCUUAUUUUCAUGACCAGGUGCUGCUAAAAAAUGUGACCACAGUCUCCCUCCCCUCUGUGCUGGACCCUGUGGCCUUUGAGAGCGUCCUCAGCUCGGCCUACACUGGCCAGCUGAGCAUCGUGCAGGAUGACAUUGUGAACUAUGUCACUGUGGCCAGUUUCCUCCAGAUGUGGCACAUAGUGGACAAAUGCACCGACAUCUUGAAAAGGGCCCGGCCCUCGACAGAAGGGGCUCCCAUGGAAGCCGCUGCCGCAGCAAACCACACUGGCAGCGCCUCCCGGCAACAGUCCCCCAGCAGCACCGACUGCUUAUACUUGGAAAGAGAGGGACGGAAGAAGGAGAAGAAGCCGGAUGUGUUGCCUCCAUUAGCGACUUGGAGACGCCCACAACAGUUUCCCCGGUGGGAGCGUCAGCGACCCUCUUCAGCCCUGCACUCGGCUGACUCUCAGUUGGACCCGCUCCCUGGCUACCAAGAGGCUGACUACAGCAGCUGUGAAGAGUCAUGGGUCCCAAAACACACCAAAAAUGGCCCUCUAGAUGGAGCUGGGCAGCACAGUGACUUUCAUACCAGCGAGGCAGUUAAGCAGAAUUUAAAGCUGCAGCAGCGGGGGGCGCCACAGAGCACAGAGAAGAACAGAGGAAGUGAAGAGAAGAGGAGGAAUGAGAGAAGAGAGAUCGAGGCUGAUGAGGGCGUCGGAGAGGAGGUGGCCGAGAAGAAGGGUGCCUUGUCACAGACAAGUCAUUGUGACCUCCACACCAUGGUGACCAACAAUGUUGAGCGUCACGCUGCAAACAAGAGCAAUGUGGAGGAGGGCAAAGAGAAGUUUCAGAGAAACUUGCCUGGAAACAAACCUCCUGUGGAUGGACAGAAAAGUGACGGAGCCCAGAGUCCAGCCUCAGCACGGGGCCAGUGGCACAGUGUCCCCUGGCCUCAGCAGGACCCCAGGACACGGGAGGGAGAAGCAGGAAAGGAUGAUGAUGAUGAGGACAAUGAGGAGGACUUUGAAUGUUUCCCGGACGAGACUUUUAGCGGAGACACAUAUGAUGAGAUAGAAGAUGGAACUGGACAAGUCUCCCAGAGGCCUCUGGUGCCAGAGUCACCUGAUGUGGUCAUCGGCGGCUCAGAGGGGAACUGGCCCUCUAACAGCAGCACACCAGGAGGGUCACUCACACCCACGCACAGCCGCCAUUUGUCCCCCGCCUCUGCUGCCUUCCCGCCAUCAUCUUCACCUCCGACUCCAUCCUCCUCAUCCUCGGUCAACUUGGCCGGCCCCGCCUACUCAGGCAAGGUCCACUUCUGCCACUGCGGGAAGGCGUACACCCUGAAGAGCAUGCGGGACCGUCAUGUGAAGAUGCAGCACCUCAAUCUCAGACCGUUUGUCUGCCCUGUGUGCACCAAGUCCUUCAAGAUGAAGCACCACCUCACCAAGCACCUGAAGACACACGGGGGGCUGCGGCCCUACGAGUGCGGCCUGUGUGGAAAGAAGGUCAUCUGGAGGGACAGUUUCCUCAGGCACCAGGCCAGAUGCCAGCGACAAGCCGCUGGGCCCAACAGCAGCCACGCGGCCUCCGCGCCCACCGAGGAGGAGAGUGGCUACGGCUACGGCUUCGAGGACGAAGGAGCGUUCCUCGCCAUGGGGGGGCAAGUGAAAGUGGAAGAGGUGGACUUUCAAGGCGAGAUGGAGGAGGCGAUGGGCGGGCUGCUGUCAGGCGUGUCGGGGAUCGUGGACGAGCUCAGAACUCAGUCGCAGAACGUGGGGCCUCAUGUUUUCAAAGAGGAAGCCAACGAGAGCUUCUGCACAAAUUGAAACAUCACAGCAGAAGUUACAGGAGUCUGAAGCUACAAGUCUGAUCUCACCUUCAUUUUCAUUGAGUUUGGAAUGAAACAUGAGUGAUGCUGAUCCAUUUUCUAGGACUAGGAGGCGCUCACGCUAAGGGCUCAGGUGCCACUUUCCUUGCUGCUCUCUGGACUGUUUCCCAAUUUUUCAACAGUCACACAACGCCUCUCGGCAGAGUUGUUGUUUUGUGAUCCACUCAUGUUACAAAAAGGAAGACGGCGGACACAAGUUAUACCUUUCAUACGGUGACAUAAUGGCCGUGGCUCAAUGGAGACAUACUGUAUAUAUGUUGUUAUGACCAGCCUCCUCCAUUGACAGAAUAGUGAACAUCAUGCAGAUGUUUAUCAGUCGAGUAAGAGCUAAAACAAAUGCCUGAGCGAGACCCACAGGGCGCCAUCUAACACUCGCUGAUGCAGCAAAAAACGGUACAGUGUUCUUCCAUAGAGCUGCUUUUUUCCCCAAACACUGGGACCUGACUACUUAUUUCAAACUGUUAUUUCCUCCAUCGCACGCUCACCCAACUCAAGUCCCGGGUCAAUGCUUUCAGAAGACUAGCAUGACUAGGCCUCUUGUUUGCUAGUGACAACAAAAAGCUUGCACAGUGGCAGAAGCUCACAGGUGUAUUGUAUGAAAGAGCAAGAUGAAAGGUACUCGUGGGAGAAAUAAGAUUGCAUUUAUAAGACUGAAGAUUCUUGUUGAAAAAUACUGGGUGUGUCUCAUUGGAGACGAAAAGGCUGCACUGUGUGCCAUGAAAAUGGCUCGGGCCGGUGUCAUUUUUGCGUUGCUAAAUAUGGCACAAAGAAGUUCAUAUGUCUGAACAGUAUGAGUGGUUUCAUCCCUCCACGUUCUUGAGUUUCACUGAGUUGAUUCCAAAAUGCAAGCUGCACUCUUCUAACCCUUUGAUAUGUUGAGUCAUGUUAUAGUUUUGCUCUCAAGCACGUUGUGUAUUUCAGGCACUUUUUUUUAUUUUUACAUUUUCAUGUGUUUAGUUUGUGAAGAGAUUAAUCCCACUUUCAUUUGCGCCAGUCCAAGAUUUGGUCCAGUGGUGGUGUGGAAGUGCCAUGAAUGUAUAAACCUGCACUUUGCACAUCAGUGUUUUGUGAUAUUAAAGGAUCUGUGUGUACAACUGUGUAUUUUUGUGCUUCGUUGUCUGUCGUGCAGGCUUGUUGUCAGACGUCUGUGGGAAACUUUGGUUGCCAGUUAGCCAGAUCAGUCUGGGAUUCUCUAAAUAUGGACUGAAUCUUGGAUCGUCUCCGGACACUUUCCGAUUGGCUGGAUCAGGUUGAUGGAUUUAUUCUGCCUUUAUUCAGCUCUGCUUUACAUUGUAGUUUACAGUAACCUCAGACGUCCAC